AUGGGCAACUGGCACACGGAUCUUGGCCACUAUGAUGAGGGCACCAAGCACUACAAGCUGGCAAAGGAUGCAAUGGAGGAAGCCGGAGCAACUGAGACAGCUGAAUAUGCCCGUCUGCUGAGAACCAUUGGCAAGAGCCUCAUUGUGCAAGGCCACGUGGAAGAUGCGAUGGAGACACUGCAACAGUCGCAGAGUGCCUUCAUCCGGGCUCAAGCCACGGACACACCAAACUACGAGUCCGUCGGAGUCCGUAUGAAAGGCAUCAAUGUGCAAUGUGCAACGAUUCCCUUGUCCAUUGGCUACCAAGCUGCAAGUCUGAAGGAUGUGCCACCAAGGUAUUUUGGUGAAGGCUCCCUGCCGCUAAGCCUAACCAGCUUGGCAGCUGACAGUCACAAGCUGAGAAUUUUCCUGUGUGAGAGAGGUCUUCCAGUGGUCAUCAAGAAUGGCUUUCAGGGUACUCAGUUUGAUGCCGCAGCCCUAGAAAGCCGCAAGAAAGCACGUCAUCAGUCAAAAGCAGCGGAAAGCAGCGGCGCUGAUGAUCCUGAGGAGCUGAAUAGCGCAGACGACGGAGAGCGUCUUUGGGAUGGAAAAGAGGAUUUGCUCAAACAGAUGCGCAAGUUCAUGCAGCCUUUGCCAAAGUUCCUGCGACAGACUCAGGUCCUGAGUUCUGGUUUGCUGCUGCUGGAGCAGGUGCAAAGGCCAGGCAUGUUGGCCAAUCGCUCCGAUCGUUCGGUGAAGUUUCUGGCUGCGAACCUCUCAGGCCAGAUCGUGAAGGGUGCCGGCAAGCAUGACUUUGGGCGGCAGCUCAAGUGUGGCCUCUCCGCGGGGUUUGGAGGGCUAUGGGCCGCAGCGACGUCGACCUUCUUUGAAAGUUUUUGGGGGCGGACCAACACCUUCCGCUUCGGAGCCCACAGGGACUCAGCCAAGGCAUGGGGCUACACCCAACAUGCUGUUCGGCGCUGUCUCACGGAGUCUCAAGCCAUCUCGCUUGCUCAAGACCCAGACUUGGCUUCCCUUUGGGAGCGCUUCCACCGAGGCCAGCAAGCGGAUGCAGCGGACUUCCUGGGGUUUUUGUGGGCCCACGCUGACUGGGUCAUGCGAGAUCUACAGGCUAUGUUGCAAGAUGUCCCUCACUUUUGCUCUGAAGAUUUCACUGCGGAUGUCUUUGUUGCGCUCGUGGGGCAAUGGCUUCAGCAUCCCACCACGGAUCCGGGGGACAUCAGAGCUCAAAUUUUGGAGCAGGAGCACCUGGCACAGAAGCAGGACACCAAUGGGAACCGGAAGGCUUUCCAGGACGAUGCGGACCAGCUGGCCCGUACUUUCGCCAAGGAGUCUCGCAAUGAAGAGAUCUUGGACCUUCAAAAGCACAUCGACGAAGACACAAGAGAUGUGCUCUGUGUUGCAGCCUCGAGGAUGGCCAUCCUUCUUCAGGACAAGUCGCACUUCCUCCACCAGGCCAAGGCAGAAGCUUCCCCGCACAAAGUUCCUCUGGUUGAGCAAAAGAGGGCUCUUUUGAAGCAACUGGAAACCCGGCCUGACCAGGGAGGCCAUUCCUGGCAAAGCUACCGUUCCGGAGUCCGUUGUGAUCAUUGCAAGCAACGGUUCCAUGCCAAGAGUUUGGUGGCGGAUCUACGGGAGGCCCUGGACUCAACCUGUGACAUGGCGGCCCCUGUUUCUCAGCCGAAGAAAACUCGCUUUCAGGUCAUCGAGGAGCUCAUUGCUGCCCAAUCUGGGGUGCAGCCAGGUGUACACCACUUGAAGCUUGACAAAGCUUACCUCCGCUGCUCCGAGUGUGCUGGCUACAGCUUGGCUCGCUGCAAUGAAGAGAUCUUCACCAACUUCGUGAGCGGAGCCUGCAUGGUGGGACCUCUCGACCCCUCGCUUUGGAGGGGUCAUCCAUCGCACACCAUGAGCCGGAAGGGAUCAGUGGCCCGAUGCACACGAUGCGGUGGAAGCGGGAGGAUCAAGCGCACGGAGGUGGAGCUGAACGAGAAGCUCAGGAGACGGUGCGAGCUCAAAGUUUCCCCUUGGGCAACUCUUCCCUUGGACACCGGUGUGGUGGCUGAUUGGAACAGGGGUGAACUUGGUCGGCUUGACGCAACCAAGGUAGCCUUCUACCCUGAUAGUUUUGCCGCUCUGAGGUUCCAGUUCGCCGACCCUGUGGCCGCAGGCCAGUUAUUCUGGCAAGAUUCCGGAAACUUGAGUUUGCCUCAGCAAGAUAGGUUUUUUUCCGGCACUUCUACCCACGACUACGGCGUUUGGGUGAUUUCAAUGAGAGUUGAGAAUGUUGUCAAGAAUGGGUUGAAAGACAUUGAAAGACAGACACUGGAGCAUUUCUUGCAGAUGAAGUACAGCUGGGAACGUGUGGCCGCGCUGGCUACGUUUGACCGCCGCCAUGAGGGCUUGAGGGCGAGGCUCAAGGCUCUGGCUUCUACCUCUAUUGCGACGCUGUCAAAGCUGGACAGUGCAGGGGGUGCAGUCAGCAAGCUUGCUAGCUUUUUCCUCAGUUGUAGCUUAUCCAGCUAUAUUUAUUUUUUGGGGUAUUUGGGCAUGCCAUUUGCGAAAAAUUGCAGUCUGCCACAGGUGCAAUCCGACUUCCAGUUGCAAGGAAGCCUCUUUUUCCAUGACCUGAAUGAAGACCAGGAAGUCACGGAGGCAUCUCCUGCAUUGGCUUAA